AUGAAGAUGAAGGCCAAGAAAUUCUCAGCAAGAAACAUUGCAAUUACGGUUCUUGUGGUUGUUGUCGUAGCUUUCUUGGUAACAUCAGCAGAAGCUCAAAGGGGUGGUGGCGGUGGAGGAGGCGGAGGCAGAGGUGGCGGAGGCGGAGGUGGAGGGGGUGGUAAAACUGGAGGGGGAGGCGGAGGUAGAGGCGGAGGUGGAGGGGGUGGUAAAGGUGGUAAAACUGGUGGUGGUAGUGGCAGUAGAAAUACCCCUACUACCGGUACCACUACGACAACGGGUACGGGUGUUGUCGUAGGAAGUGGUGGAAGUACUGCUGGAGGAGGUGGUGGUGGAGCUGCGAGGAAUACUCCAAGCUCAAGUUCAGUAAGAUUGGGUACUGAAUCCAAUCAUGGAUUGAUUGCAUCUCUAACUUUUAUGUUAGCCAUUUUCCUGAUGGCUUAA